AUGGAAAACCGAACAAACUCAGCACAAUGGAUCAUCCCAUUUCUCUUCUUGGCUUGUUCGAUUCAAUUCGUAUGCGGAAAACAAUCCACAAGACAAAUUAGCAUGGAAUACAAUCCAGGUUGCCCUAAAGAAAUUUGCUCAACAUCGACUGGAAAUACAUCAAUUAAUUUGAUACAUGUCAUGGCUAAAAAUCCAUAUAAUAAUGGUCACGAUAUCCACUACGUAUGGAGUACUAUUGGUUCGCCUGCAGUAUUAAUCGCUUAUACAGUCAAGUCGACUGAAAUAAAAAUUGAUUGGGCCAAGUUCAUUUCCGACAAUCCUGCGAACUCUAUUACAUUUGAUCCGGAACCUUUCUACACUUCUGGCAUGCAACUAACGCACUUAAUAGAAUUUGUUGAUGUUAAUGAUACAGCAAGAUUGAAUAGUAGUGCUGAGAUACACAUGUAUCCAUUUCAUGAUAUGCUAUGGGAUAGUACAUCUUGGGUUAAUAGCGAAAAAUCUGAUGGAAGAGUAAAUUUCACAACUGAAUACGGAACAAACACAAAUGGUAGCAUUCUGCUCUCGUUUGACGCAGGGAAAUCGAAAGAAAGAAUCAGUCGCUUACCUUUUCUAAUGAUCACCUCUAAUUCAUCAGCAGUUGAUUUAGCUCUUCAUAACCUGUCGACUAUCAGCAAUCAUUCUCGUUUCGGGCUUGAAAUGAUGUUUGUUAAUAGUUAUACUCAGAAACCUAGUAAAUUUAAAAGCUAUCGUUCUAUUGAUGACGAAUACUGCCCUGCUGUUUUUACAAUGAUUGAUGUUAAUUUAUAUGGAGAAGAUGCUUCGAACGGUAGUUAUUGCCAGUUCAGACCUGUCUGUUACGUCAAUCCGCAUCGGGCAUUGAGUGGACAGAAAGAAGUACAGUAUUACGAAUUCGUACAAGCAUCGAUCCUGCCGCAUGGCAUUUUAACCGCAUUUUACGGAGAACAAGAUAUUAAUAUAUACGGCAUGAAUAUAACAUUUGGUCAGAAGAAAGAUGGAUUUUACGUUGCUACCCAAUUCACAUCAUGGACGAGUACGUUUGGUUUUGGAAUACCGCCGGUUGAAAAAUUAUCACUAGCAAUUAUCAUGAUAAUAAGUGUUGGCUUGGGAGCACCCGUAGUUCUACUAAUCUUUGGUGGAAUCGGAGUCUUUAUAAAAGCUCGAAGGAAGCAGUAUAGUCGUUUAGAAAGUGUAAAACAAGACAUCAUAACGUAA